UGGAGAGGGAAAAGGUCAUUUAGAAAAUCUACGUAGAGAAGAGGUGAGGGAAGUAAUUAAGCAUUUCUUUGAGUUUUUACAGACUACGGGAUUAAUGGGAAGGUUCUAAAUUUUUUAUUUAUUUAUUUUUUGAAAACUAUAGACUGUAACUGCCUAUCUCUCCUCCUAAAAUCCGGCUCAGUAGGAGACAGCAAUGCUCCCAAAAUGGGCAGUAAACUGCCUUAAAACUCAAGAAAAGAAAGACAGACAAUGAAUGUAGUCGAAUGGUCGGUGUCGCUUGCAGAAACGGAAAUAGCCGAAGAUGAACAAAACGCGACUCGGGAGUGCUCGGGGACAGCGUCGGUAAACAUGGCGGCCAAGGCGCUUCGGCAGCGAACCAGGCGAGGCAGCAGACAAGAUGCAAACAACGUGAACAUCCCAGCCGAAACUCGGCCUCCAAAAGAGGAGAAAGCCAGCGACGACAGUAAAGUCACAGAGACUCGACAAGAAUCAAUAAGUCGUGGAGGGCAGGUGUGGGCUCCAGAAGGCUCUACUGCUUUCAAGUGUCUGCUCUCUGCACGUUUCUGUGCAGCUUUGCUCAGCAACAUCUCAGACUGCGAUGAGACCUACAACUACUGGGAGCCUAUGCACUACCUCCUGUAUGGCACAGGAAUGCAAACAUGGGAGUAUUCUCCACUGUACGCCAUUAGAUCAUAUGCUUACUUAUGGUUACAUGCACUCCCUGCCUGUUUGCAUGCCCAUGUUCUACAGACAAACAAGGUGUUGGUCUUCUACUUUGUACGAUGUGUCUUAGCAUUUUCCUGCUGUGUCUGUGAGCUGUAUUUCUACAAGGCAGUUUGUAAGAAGUUCGGUUUACAUGUCGGCCGUCUGAUGUUGGCAUUCCUUGUCUUGAGCACAGGAAUGUUCUGCUCAUCUGCAGCAUUCCUACCUUCCUCUUUCUGUAUGUAUACUACGCUAGUUGCUAUGACGGGUUGGUUUCAGGACUCAAUAGCGUUCGCCAUUUUGGGCGUGGCCGCCGGUGCUAUUGUUGGAUGGCCAUUCUCUGCUUUGAUCGGGGUUCCGAUUGCCUUCGACCUGCUGGUGUUAAAGAGGCAGUGGAAAAGUUUUAUCAUCUGGUCAGGCAUCGCUCUGUUUCUGUUUCUGGUACCCUUGGUGGCAGUGGAUUCUUUCUUUUAUGGCAAACUGGUUGUAGCUCCACUCAAUAUUCUACUCUAUAAUGUCUUUACACCACACGGACCAGACCUAUAUGGCACAGAGCCGUGGCAUUUCUACUUUGUAAAUGGGAUCCUGAAUUUCAACCUGGUGUUUGCUCUGGCGCUUUUUUCCCUGCCACUUACUACUGUCAUGGAGACACUGUUACACAGGUUCAAUGUGCAGAACCUGGGUCGUCCAUACUGGCUGACUCUGUCUCCCAUGUAUCUGUGGAUGUUGGUUUUCUUCACUAGACCUCAUAAAGAGGAACGUUUUCUGUUUCCCAUCUACCCUCUAAUCUGCCUCAGUGGUGCAGUGGCCCUCUCCUCUCUACAGAAAUGCUACCACUUCCUGUUCCAGCGAUACCGUCUGGAGCACUACACCGUCUCAUCAAACUGGUUGGCUCUUAGCGCAGUUGUGGUCUUCACAGUGUUGUCACUGUCUCGAUCUGUUGCUCUGUUCAGAGGCUACCAUGCUCCUCUGGACCUGUAUCCAGAAUUUCAUCGCAUCACCAAGGAUCAAAGUCUACACUCAGUCCCUGAAAGCAGACCUGUUAGUGUGUGUGUUGGCAAAGAGUGGUAUCGCUUCCCAAGCAGCUUCCUUCUACCACACAACUGGCAACUACACUUCAUUCAAUCUGACUUUAAGGGGCAGCUGCCACAGCCAUAUGCCUCUGGUCCUCUGGCCACACAGAUCAUCCCAGCUAAUAUGAAUGACCAGAACUUAGAGGAACCAUCCAGAUAUGUGGAUUUAAAACGGUGCCACUACCUUGUGGACCUAGACACAGAUGAAGAAACAGAGCUUGAGCCACGUUAUUCAGCCAACAAAGAGGAGUGGAACGUCAUUGCUUAUAAGCCUUUCCUUCAAGCAUCAAGGUCGUCUCCACUCUUCAGAGCGUUCUACAUCCCGUUUAUAUCAGACCAUCACACCACCUACAGACGCUACGUCAUCUUGAAACCACGGCGGCAAAAGCAGCCUCGUAAGCGGAGCCACGGCUGACCUUUGAAUAUAACUGCCCCUAACAAGAGAAACUUCCCCUAAAGCCACCAGUGUACGUGUGUCAGUUUUAAAAUAUUUUUCUCAUGAAACUUUUGAAGAUGUGGGACCCUUUAAAGACAUAAACGCUGCUUUUGGUCAUGUCUGCAUGAAGGUGAGACUGUGAGGGUAAGAGACGAGAGAAAAUGCUGCGCAGCAGAUGGAUUUUAUCCAAUUUUGUAUGUUGGUAGGAAAAUAAAUGUCUUCGGGGAACCAAAGCCACAAGACAUUACAUAAGCCCUGGACAGGCCAUUACACACAGAAUUGUUUUCUUUCUAUAUUACACUUGAAAAUGUGGCCUGAUUGGAAGAAUUUCUCAGAAGAAUUAAUCUAGGAAAUCUUGUAGUGUCUGCACUUAAACUGUGUCUUAAUUGUGUGCUCUGUUUUGUGUGAAUGAUGGACAUGAGUGACAGUCCAGAAUGUUAAUAGAAAAGUGAUUGACUGGAA